GGAAAGAGUUAAAAGAAUGGGGGGUAGGUUAAGGAUAUAAGGAUUCACAGAUGGGUGGGCGGUGAGAGGAGAGGACAAUGGAUUUGGAGGGGAAGAAAGGAGAAGAUAUGGAUUCCCUAUUUGAAGGGAUGGUACUGUUUAACCCUUCAGAUUCCCAUUCCCCAAUUGAAGCAGAGAAUGGUUGUGAUGAUUCUCUUUCUUGUUCGCAAUCGCAGCCCCUUGACGAGAAUCUCUUCUCUGAUCUCACCCUUGUGCUGGAUCCCCUUGCAAACUCAGGAGUAGCCGAAGGGGACCACGAUCAUGAUCAAGAUCACGAUCACGAUCACAAUCUCCAAUCCCAGCAUGCAUCUGCUCCUGUUACCGCCUCAAAUCCCUCGAGACAGCCCCCCAGAAGGAGAAAACGAUCUGGAUUGAGGAUAGGAUAUGGCAGAGACCCUCUUUCAUCCAACGAUCUGUCUCCUUCUCCGCUCCAUACGGAUACUGUUCCGGACACAGACACGGACACCCUUCCCUCCGUCGCCACUGUCACUGAUGCUGUUCGUGACGGAGACAAGGACACCCUUCUCUCCGUCGCCACUGACACUGAUGCUGUUCGUGACGGAGACACGGACACCCUUCCCUCCGUCGCCACUAUCACUGAUACUGUUCGCGACGGAGACACGGACACCCCUCCCUCUGUCGCCACUGUCACUGAUACUGUUCGCGACGAAGACACGGACACCCCUUCCUCCAUCGCCACUGUCACUGAUACCCAACCAGCGAAUGAGAAUCCCAAACAGCAAGAAAAUGUUUCAGCUUCUUCGGAGACAGAAUUCAGCCAAAUUAAGGCUAGCAUACGUGAGAAGCUUGACCAUGCUAGUCAACUGGUGAAAUCUGCUUCUGCUGCCCGAAAGAAGUCGAUCAGGAAUAGAAGAAAAACUGCUGAAGAUGCCAAUCUUGCUUCUCUCAAACACAUGCAACUUGAAAAGCAGUUGGAAGAAGCCUGCGAAGCUGAAGAUUUUGAAAGGGCUGAAAAGGUUAGCGAAAACCUCUCUGCUGCCGAGAAGGAGAAACAAGCUUUCACCAAUUCGUUGCGAGAGGCUGAUGCCUUUGUCGAUGCUUUAGACUUAAAAUUACAGCAUGCCCUCGACUCUCAGAUAGCCGCCGAGGAACAAUGUGCAAUCUUACUCGACCAUUAUGCAACGAAUGCUUUAAAUAAUGCAGAUUCUGCCAUGGAGAAAGCAACGUCAGUGUAUUCAAAAGAAAUGGACCAAUGGCUGUCAUCAUCCGAAGCCUUGGAGGUUAAAAAGAUGGAGUUGGAGAUUGAAUCACAUUUUAUGAGUGAAGCUCGUUUAGAAUUGAGUAAUACCAUUGAGCAUUCAAUCCAGGAUGACAAAAGAGAAAAAGAGAUCCUUUGUAAAAGAAAGGACGUGUUAAUGGGUGAAUUGGAACAACUUCUUGCUUUAGUUAAACAGAAAGAAAAGGAGAUAGCAGACAAUGACUCUAAUUUAGAAGCUGUAGAGAAUAAGAUAAGUAAAGCUGUCUCUGGAUUUAAAGAGGUUCAGUCAAGCAUUGAUGUCAAGUAUGACAAGUUGCAAUCUGUCCUUGCUCGAGUGAAAUUAGAGACUGAAACUUUGGCACACAAGAAGGAGGAAAUUGAUAACUUUCUCAUUCAGGAAGAAGAAAUGGGAGGAAGACUUAAGGAGUUUGCCAGGAUUUCUAAGGAGGAAGCUGAGGGAUACCAUGAAAUAGUUAAACUACGAAGAACUUUGAUGUCGUCUAUAUUGAAGUCCAGGGAGGACAAACUGACACUUACCAAGAAUGAGGAAAAGCUUUGUGAAGAUGUGAAAUUGUUUCAAUUGGAUGUUUCUGCUGCAAGAGCUUCCUUGCAGGAACUAUCUUCAAGAAAGUCAAGCAUCCAGCAAGAUAUAGCAUCCUUAAAGCAAAGGAUUAUUUUCAUAGAUAAGAGAGUCCCUGAACUGGAAGCAGAAAAGAAAGUUGCUACUGCUGCAAGAAAUUUCAAGGAGGCUGCACGAAUUGCUACUGAAGCAAAGUCACUAUCCAUUGAAAAAGAGAGCAUCCAGAUAAACAUGCAUACGGCUACGAUAAAUCAUGAAAAGCUUGAAGAUGAAAUCAAAGACACCCUUGAUAGAUUGCAAGAGACUGAGGGAAUGAUUUUAUUGAAGGAAAAAGAGUUGGCAAUGGCUAGGUAUCAGAGACUACUUUUGACAACUGCUAUUGCUAGAGCUGAAAAGGCUGCUGCACUAGAGAUGAGUGACAUGGAAGAAGCUAAUCUCCUGCUUGCAGAAGCUGAGGCAGCAGAUUGUGAAGCUGAGAAACUUCAAUCAACAUACAAAUUUGAGAUGGAAGACUUCGCUGAUUUACAAAAACAUUUAAUUUCAAUGGAUCUUGUAUCCUAUCUGGAUCGGAAGCAAUUGGAGGAAUUAGCUAUGUCACUUAAUCUAUUUACUGGCUGAUUGUUGAAACGUGAUUUUAAUUGAUUUAGUGAUAAUCUAGCGAAUGCUCUUAAUUACUGAAGUACUGGUUACUGAAGUGCAACAUUAUAGGCCAACCCUUGUGAUACAAUGUCUUCACUCCUCACGCAUCUCUACAUUUUAAUGAUUGUUGAGCAUGAGAUUUGUGUAUUUUCCCUCUUUCAAUUUUUGAGGGGUUGUACCCGAACCCUAACCAAAAAUAUAAUUGAACUCAGAACCACAAAGAGGGAUUAUAACUUCGCCAUUAUCUACCAAGAUGUUGAUCUGCUGUGAAGAUUAUUUUCAAUAGUAAAUUGAAUAAUUUU